UCUAUAAAAUGACUGGGCAUAAGAAUUCUUGUUUUAUUUGAAAACCAAGGGUUUAAUAAUCUCAAGGGAUUAAAAUUUGGAAAAUGGCUGACAUUGAUUUAGAAAAUCGAGAUCCGAACAACAUAAAUGACCAUUUAAAGGUACAAUUUGAAGACGUUUUGGCAGAACCAGAAGGUAUACGAUCCAUCCCAUGCAUAUGGACUUUGAGUUACAAAUGUUUUGAAUUUGGAAAAUCGAUCUGCUACAAAAUUCUAACAACAUUUUGUGGACUCUGCAUUGCGCUCGGCCUUGGCUGUGAUUUCGCAAUGGUGGCGUUCGAUCAUGUCUGGAUAUGGACCCCGUGUAUGAGAGACUUUACCAUCUGCGUGGGUUGUUACCAGAAGAUUUUUACCACUCUUGUCAACUGUUGUUGUACGCCGAUCUGCGAAGCAUGUGGUGGUUUCUUCAGCAAAAUACGUAUCCAAAAGAGUUAAAACAGAAACAAUAAUGAUAUAGGUUUUGGCUUAAACUUGUUCUGGUUCUUUAUUUACAUAAUCUUUAAGUACGUGCUGUGUACAUAAAAAUCGCCAAGUUUAUAUCAGGAAUUAAAAAUACAUACACAUUUAUUGCAUUAAAGAAAUUAUCAAAUAUUUAUGUAUGUGCAAACCAUAACAUAGGAUAUGUUCUACCAAAUAUUGUCAACAAAACCUUACUUAAUUGAAAAAAAAAACUUUAAUAAAGGAUUGUUUAGGA